CUCCAGAUGAACCUGGUUUAUCAGGAAGUGAUUCAGGAGAAGAUUGAGGAGAUCAACAGUCUCCUUGCCCAAAAUAAAAAACAGCAGAUCUGAAAGAGGAUAAGUCCAUUCCAAAAGUGGCUUUAAAAGGCUGGCUAAUGACCGACUGGUAAAUUUGGGUCUAGGGGCAGAGGAACUGUGUACCCGACUGCACACGUUUGUUGCUCAAUGGUGAGUCAGCAACUCAGUGGCCUUUCAGUUUUGCCUGCCAUUUGCUUCAUAGUCUGUUGACUGGCAGUUUCAGAAUCCCUGCACUUGGCUUGCAAUCCUUGCACCGUUUUGCACCAGUCUGCUAGAAGUGAGGAGAAUUUUGUAAGUGUGAACGCUGAGGUGAAUUGUUUGAAUAAUUGGGUGGUGUGCCUUCUUCAUCUUAAUGACGGGAUACAGUUGGACUGGGGAUCAUCCAGGCCCGGGAUUCUGGCUUGGGCCUGAUGAACAUGCCGAGAUGGUUCUACCAAAUGAGCGCCUUCUGUUUGUGAAUGCCCUGCAGGAAAAACUCACAUGGGAGCUCGCUGGAACAAAAGGGAUGAAAUCAAGCGAUGGAAAAUCUUUGCCAGCAAAUAUGUUUUUGGGCCAUUUUAUGAAGCCGUAUUUUAAGGACAAAACAUCAGGGAUUGGCCCUCCUGCCAACAAUGAUGCUCGAGAAAAAGCAAGGCAUGGCAUCAAAUCUUUUGAGGAGCUGAUCACUAUCAAAUGGAAGAGCCGAGAGAAACUGCUCCUACGACAGUCUGUCGUGAGUGAUUGCUUAAAGCAUUUGCUGCAGCCAAAGCUGCUAAAGCUUGAGUAUCUGAAUGAAAAAAGGGAGAAAUCCAAGGAUGAGAUGGAAAAGCAGAUCUUGGGGAAGCAGAUCCAGGAAACGGAACUUGAAAUAAAUGAAAUCAACAUGUUGCCGGAAGAAGCUCUGCUGGGAAACAGGCUUGAUGAGCACGACUGGGACAAGAUUGCCAACAUCAAUUUUGAAGGAACACGCAGCGCAAAAGAGCUGAGGAAAUACUGGCAAAAUUAUGAGCACCCCAGCAUCAACAAGAAAGAAUGGAGCGAGGAGGAGAUCGAGAAACUGAAGGAAAUUGCUGCCCGGCACGGUGGCCUGGAUUGGGAAGCAGUAGCCCAAGAGCUGGGGACGCAGCGCACGGCCUUUCAGUGCCUCCAGAAAUUCCAGGCCUACAAGAAAGAUUUCAAACGGGGUGAAUGGAGCCCUGAAGAAGACCAGAUGCUCAAGCAGCUCGUCCAGGAAAUGCGAGUUGGGAAACACAUUCCGUACCGGAAAAUUGCAUACUACAUGGAGGGGAGGGACUCUGCCCAGCUGAUCUACAGGUGGACCAAGCGAGUGGACCCCAACUUAAAGCGAGGCGCCUGGACACCAAAGGAGGAUGCUUUGCUCCUGAAGGCCGUUGCGAAAUACGGAGAGCGGGACUGGUAUAAAAUCCGGAUGGAGGUCCCUGGCAGGAACGACAUCCAGUGCCGAGACAGGUACUUGCAUUCAUUGCACUGCGAUAUAAAGAAGGGGAAGUGGAGCGAGGAGGAAGAAAGGAAGCUGAUAGAGCUAACCGAAAAAUAUGGCAGGGGCCACUGGGCAAAAAUAGCAUCGGAGUUACCCCACCGCUCAGGAGCUCAGUGUCUGAGCAAGUGGAAAGUGUUGCUGGGAUAUCGAAGGAACAGGAGGAAGAAACCAGAGAGCGGACUUUAUCCAAGGCGGAAAUGUGUCCACCAGUGGAGCUGCAGCCCCUCGGAGUCCAGCAGUGAAAAUUCAGACCUGGAUUUGGAUGGGGAUGGUGCCGAGGAGGAGGAUGAGGGGCCCAAGGCCUACCAGCCCAAAGCUGCAGGUCACUGGAGAGUACCAUGCAUUGAUCUCUGGGUCCCUGCAAGGAAAGAGCUGUCUGGAGCCAACUCUGGGGAGCUGGCUGCUGUCACUCUGCUCUCCAAAGGCUUUGACAUGAACAGGAAGAGGAGGCUGGAUUCUGGGGCUCUGCUAGGUCCAGCAGAGAGCCAGAGGACAGAGGAUCUCGUUGCCCUCAGUCCGGAGAUUCCAGAAUUGGCUCAGAUGAACGCAAAGGAGGGACUGAAUUCCGAAAACGCGAGGGAUGCUUGGAGGGUUUCCUUGGCUUAUGUGAAGCGUGUGCUGAGGAGGAACAGCUAUGAGCUGCAGAGGAGAAAUCGAGAAAUCAGAAGAAAGAAGCGCUUUGCCUCCAGCUCCCAAAUGGGCCCUGGGGGUUCUCGGUUGGCCCCGCUGGCCAGUGAGGCGAAUGGAGCCCGCCGGCAAGAUGGGAUGUGGAAGACAACGAUCUACCGGAGAUUGAUGGUGGCAGUCACCCCCUGGGCUGGGAGCAUGGUGCAGGAGUGGGCCCAUCGGGUAAAGGAGGCAGCUUCCCGCAAGUCAAAAGCGGACUUGAUCUUCAAGCAGCUGCAGAUGGCCCACCUCACAAGCACACCUUUGUUCACACUUCUGAUUCAGUUCCUUCAUAUCGAUGUAGACGGCUGCAUGAAAGUGAUUCAGAAGAGAAAAUCCCAGCAGCCGGAGCUCCUGAAGGCCAUUGUUAAGACUGCGGACAAGGCCAAGCAGCCCUCUUCUUCACAGGAUGCCAAAGCCCAGCCCAGCCUGCCAGCGGCCAGCAGCCAGCCCAGCAAGAAGCUGAUUCCUCUGAAGGCCAAAGAGGGGCCUGUCCCUGCCAACACGUGGAAGGCCCGUUCGCCGCCUCGCCCAGCACCCAAGCCGAAAACCGUCUCGGAGCUGCUGCGGGAGAAGAGGCUGCAUGAGCUGACGGCCAGGAAGGGGGCCCAGAAGAGGAUCCUCCUGACCCCUCAGCUGCUCCUCUCCCCCUCUGUAAUAGUCCCACAGCCAAGGGGCCCCGUCGCCCCGUUGGCCAGCAGCCCCCAUGGCCCCACGGGCAGCCAGCCAUUACCAAGGCCGCCUCCUGCUCCAGCUUCUGUGCCUCCGGCCCCAUCAGCUGGGAGGGACUUGGCAUCUUCCAAAGAGACGGCGGGGGGCUCUCAGGAGAGGAUCCUUUCUUGCAAUGGGAGCAGAGACAAGGCCGCCGCAGAAGAAGGCAGAGAGGGCAGUCAAGAGGGCUUCUUGCCUCAGGGGAAUCCUAAAGUGGCAGGACCCCCCGCUGCCGCCCCACGAUUGCCAGCACAGGACCCAGCACCAGCCAGGCCUCUUGCCUCCCAGAAUCCCACUAACAUGAACUCCGUGCCAGCCUCUUAUGCUCAGGGACCGCUUGGUGCUCAGCAGAACUCAGUCCACCUCCUGUCUACGUUGGUGGCUGCCCAGUCAGGGCCUGGUGCCGUUCCCAAGCCUGCCCUGCCCAUCAGCUGGGUGCUGACCCCCCAGGGCCUUAUCCCAGUCACCAUCGUGAACAUCCCUGGCCAAGGAAAGCCAGUGGCAAGUGCUUCUAGCGCGCCGCCAAACCCCAGCCAGGCUGCAGAGACUUUUGUCAAGAUCCCAGCCCCGACUAUGGUUCCGGUUGUGGCAGGACCCCAGUUGCAGGAGGGCCUUUCUUCCAGCAGCCCACAGAGUGAUGCAGGUGCUCAGCUGACUGAUGUCGCUCUUCCUCCUCCUCCUCCUCAGCGGCUCCUUGAGAACUCAGCAGAGCAGCGGUGCUCCCCAACUACUGCCGGAGCCGUGGCACCUGCCUUGCCUUGCCUUGUCUCUGAAAGGACUCCGGCCAGCACCCCCGACUUGGGCACCUUGCAUCCGCCCCAUCCGAAUCAAGCCUCAGCCGAGCUAGACGCCCCCUCUGGCCCAGCACUGGCGUCCCAGCAGACCUGCCCCACCUCACUUCCGCCCCAGGAGGGGAAGGCCUCCCCGCUUUCUCGCCUCCUUUCUCUAGAAGCAGAGGCGGCAGUGAAGGAGUGGGCCAAGGAGAGCCGGGAGGUGAGGAUUCCCUCGCUGGGAACAGGCCUGCCUUAUUUGCCCCCGUUUCUCUGCAGCUUGAAAACCCUCUCGGCAUUGCUGGUGAAUAAAAGGUCCCUGGAGCACAGCGCUGCCUCUCUUUUGGCCCCUGAAGGCCGGCGGGAAGAGUGUGGCCAGCCAGACCUGGAGGCCUUGAGGCAGGUGGUGCGCCAGAAGCUCCAGGACAACCCUGCCUACCAGCUCCUGAGAGGGCGGUUCUUGGCGGCCUUUACCUUUCCAGCUGCUCUGGCUGCGCUGCCCCCUCCCAGGGUGAGGACGACACUUUCGGGGGGCAGGUGGUGGGAGAGCAGCCAGGGAGAAGAUUCCAGCUCAUCUUUGGAGGAGGAAGAGGAAGAAGAGGAGGAGGAGGAGGAAGUUGGGAGAGAACCCCAACGAGCAGCGAGAGACGGCCCUGAUGAGACAACGGAGGCCAACAAGGAGCUGGAGGAGCCUGGAACUGACAGUAUAGACUCCGAUCACAGCAGCCCGGCCAGGGUCCGAAGAAGCACGCGCCUCCGGAAAAGGAGACUCCAGCUGUAAAGUCAGCAGCUUCUUCAGUUCAAUUGUUCUCUUCCCUCCCGGUAAACCACCUGAUAAACUCAAGCAUGAAGACUUCUGUUACGUUUCUGGGGUCCCUAAGGAUGACACCCCGGACUGUGUGGUUUCUUCGUUUCGGCCUGGAGAUGGACUGCCAAGCCAAGUGAGGGAUCAAAUUUUUCUGGUGGCAAAAUUCUUUGGUGUCUUUGUCACUGAGCAGAUUUUGACCAAAUUACGAGCAGGCUCCUGCAGCUUCUCCUGCGUUCAGAUGCAGGGAAAUUGCCUUCCUUACCUCUCAAGCAGCCUUCUCCAUAACCACAUAUGCUAGGGUUGUGGCUCCCAGAAUUCCCCAGCCAGCAUGGCCAACCCUGAGAAUUCUGGGACUUUGGAGGAUGGCAACUUGCAGAAGGUGACAAGGCAUGAGUCCUAGUUGUCUGACCACAUCGUGAACACCCCACUGCCUGGCAGGCAAGUGCCCUUUUUGCUCUCUUACUGACAAUGGGACUCUCCCGACAUACUAGAUCUGGUGUUAAGCCACGAUAGGGUUGGUUUGUUGGGGCAUGUCAUUUUCUGCUAACAGAAUCAUUGUGUUUGUUAACCAGAGGGUGGAACCAAGUAUGUUGCGUGAGUCCAGCUGAGGCAGGGUUCUCAACUCUCAGAACUUUUCUACAGCUCCCCCUUCUUGCAGGCUCCCUUCCCCUUGAGUUGCUUCUUCCAGAGAGACCGUUUGCACUAACUCCUAGAGAUACUUGAACCCUGCUGAUGGGAAUGACCUUCAAGGAGAGGAGGAGGGGGAAGUAAUUGGCAGCUGCAACCCUGACUUGAGGAUGCCCUUGAAGGAAGCUUUUUGGUUUGCAUGGACUGUUUCUCAUUUUGCUACCCGAGAGCUACAUGGUCACAGCCAGAUACUUCUGCACAGAGGAAGCAAACACGUAGUUAUGCUUCUAAGAUGUCUGCUUCAGUUGAAUCCCUCUAGACCUCUGCACGUGAGCGAGCAAAUAACAGGCUCCCUAAAUUGGAAUAGCAGCUGCUUCAGACAGAACUUUUUAAUUCUUUGCUCAUUUCAGAGUUGAGUCUAUCUUUUUUGCAUUAAAAUCUUUGUAUUUUACAACGCUGUGUAUUGUUACUGAGAAGCUUUGCAGAUGCGAAAGGCAGGAUUAGUAGUCCUGCUCACACAAAUUGGCAUGUAGGUGGGGAAGAAACAAAGCAACUAUUAUUCAGGCUUCCAAGCAAAAAUAGAUGGUUCGAGCUGCUGGGCGGGCAGGCAGUCCUUCGGCCCCAGAGGACCUUCCCUCCUCCCGGAGUUGCUUUUGGAAACCAGCCCCUUCCUUGGGUCCACCAGGGCUUCUUCCCCCAACGUGGCGUUCCUCAGCUCGAGGAGGUGGGAACUUAGCAGCAGUUCAACCCAGACAUCCAAAUGAGUCAUUUCUGGCCAGCUGAAACGGAGGGGCAUUGAUCUGGUGCUGCUAAAAUGGAGAAAAAGGUGAGAGAGAAAGAGGUGUUUGCUGGGCAGGAGAAACAAAGAAUUUUCUCAAGACAAGUCCUUGGUUGGGAAAGGGUUGGAGCAACCCAGCAUUUCCGCAGCACUGAGAUCACCAGAGGAGCAAAGCCCAGUGCCAGACAGGAAGCAUCUGCAAAGGCACAAAGAGAAGCCAAGCCCAAACCACACCAGGGCUAAACAGACCAUGGCUCUGCAUGGUUGGUUAGCCUGGUUAUGGCUAAAUCAGCAGAACAGGCUGGAAAGGGUUGGACUGCAGCUCCCAGAAUUCCCAGCCGGCAUUGUAACUCAGCCCCUCCAGAUCCCCUAAUCUGGUGCAAGUCAGCAUUUUCUGGUAAAAAUUGUCUACAUGACUUAAGGUCCUAGCUGGGUUCCAAAUUACACAGGAGAAAUGGAGGCAAACGUCCAGUUUGUGUUCUACCUUUGCAAGAGAAGCUAACUGGGAUUGGGGCCAGUUGAUUUCUUUACACUGACGUGCUUUCGGCUGAGUGGUACUGGCUGUAAGCUUCAUCUCUUGAGUUCCGGUUUGAUAGGACAGAAAUGCCGCAAAGAAUAUAGGAAACAGUCUCUUCCAAACUCAGACACAAAGAACUUGUAUCUUAAAGUAAGGUCAGAAUACAUGUUCCUCUCUUCACUGAAAUACAACAUCUUUGCAAGUGAAUGCAAGCCAUCCGAUCAGUGAAAUUCACAAAGAACGUGGCUUCCAUGGAAAACCAUCAUUGCUCAGAAGACCAAGAACAAAUCAUCUGCCCACUUACAGAGAAGAAGCCAGCUUGAGAGAGGGCCUGAAAUACGCAGUCCAAAACUGAAAUAGAAACGGCUCCUCGAAAGACGGAAGUCUCUCUUCUAAAGGGUUACAUGUCCUGUCUGGGCAGGGCGCUCAGCUGAGCGCAGGCUCCUUCCUCAGAGCAAAUACACCUUAGGGCUCCAGAGUGUCACAGAUCCAGUCCCUGAAGCUGCUUUGCAGUGCAGGGGUUCCAGAGCAUUGGAGAUAUGCUAUUCUCGAAAGAGUAACUGAAGCACUGCGGAGUCCUGUUUCUUAAGAAGUCAAGCAACGGUAUAAUGCAACACAGAAAAAGUGCGGCCAAACUUUUAACUAAGGCAACAGCCAGUUCAGGUGUAGGAAGAAAGCUGGAUGUUCUAGAGGCGAGGGAACAGGACAGAGGCAGCAGCAGCACAGGGUGGGUUCAAACAGGAAAUGUCCUGGUUCCCAGUCCCCAUCCCAGACACCAACCGUUAGCCUUCCUCUGGACCCAUGGGCAACUGCUAAGAAUGGCAACUCCAAAGCAGGGCUGUGAUUUGUAGCUGUGCCUUUUUAAUUUUGCUGGAGCCAUUGCUGCAUUUGCAAGUUGUCUGGCACAGAGGUACAACGGAAUAGGUCAACGUGGAUCACCAGUCCAUGUAAAACCCAUUGAUAAACAGCUUUCGUUGUAAAGGCAGUCUUUUUUAAGUCCGUUGAUGUACCAGUGAGAAGACUUAAAUUCUUCAUUAUCAUCAUUAAACUUAUCGGUAUUGUCUGUUCUAGAAUCUCCUC